AUGCUCUUCCGACUGAUCACUCUGUUCUUUGUCCUUAUGGGCAUUGCCACUGCAUGGACUGUCGAUGGCGUUGAAGCUCAAUUGCCCGAGCACCAAUACUCGCGUGGUCACGAGGCAAACUUCUUCAGGCAACGACUUCUUUCGGCUUUCAGAAGCAUCGACCCACAGGUCUCGGAGAGUACACUGAAUCGAUUCACACGAUUCGUUCGGGAGGAAAAUGAGUAA